UCCUCUAGGCCAGCGGAGGACCCGCCCACCCAUGAGUCAGAGGAUUUUGUGAGGUCUACUAGAAUGACAGCUCAAACCUGUCCACGUCAACACCAGAGAACUACUAUGGAGAUCGCGUCUUUGGAACCCUCGCUGUACACCGUGAAAGCGGUCUUCAUUCUGGACAACGAUGGCAAUAGACUUCUAUCAAAGUACUACGACACAGAGCUCUACCCCUCCAUGAAGGAGCAGAAGAACUUUGAAAAGAACGUUUUCAACAAGACACACAAAGCUGACAAUGAGAUUGCCUUCGUGGAGGGGAUGACGAUCGUGUAUAAGUGCAGCAUCGACCUAUUCUUUUACGUGGUGGGCAGUGCACAGGAGAAUGAGCUCAUGCUCAUGGCUGUACUGAACUGUCUGUUUGAGUCCCUCGGUCAAAUCCUAAGGAAAAAUGUGGAGAGAAGGUGUCUAUUGGACAACAUGGACGGAGUCUUCUUAGUAGUGGACGAAAUUAUUGACGGGGGGGUGAUCUUGGAAAGCGACCCCCAACAGGUCAUCCAGAAGGUCAAUUACAGGGCGGAUGACAACCCACUGUCAGAGCAGAGCGUGGCUCAGCACAUUACGGACAAAUUGGCUAUGACCUCCAAUAUAAUGCAGUCUGCCAAAGAACAAAUAAAGUGGUCAAUACUCAAAUGAUCUACACUGCCUGUCCAAAGGUCAAAUGUUUUACAGUAAUGGACAGUACAAAUAUAUGUGUAAAUAUUAAGGGGUGUAUUUAGCGUUUUAUGCUUAAAUAGGCUAUAAUUAUAGUAAUUAGUGGCAAAUACAGCGUUUUUCCUAUGAAGGCAAGAUGAUAUUUGUAAUUAUUAUUUUGGAAAUAAUCUGUUUUAAUUUAUUUGAUUUGCAAUAAAAAUCUGAAGAAUUAUGCUAGAUUAUAGCAUAUGAUUUUGUUAAUUUCCCUUAACCCACACAAAAUGCUCUGUAAAGAACGUUUUAACCAAACCAAGAGAACUGAAUUGUGUUUUAAUGUGCUCAGGCCUACACAACAAGGGGAACUGUUGCUUAGGCUUCAAUGAUUAUGAAGUUAUGUGACAGAGAACUUUAAACAUGACAUUUUGAUAUACUACAUUUUAAAGCUUUGUAAGUUUAACAGAAAAAGGGCAAUAGCCUGUGUAAUGUUACAGUAGUUCAGGUUCUGGUUGAAAGUCAGGUUACCCCAUAUUCAUUAUAGAAUGAUUGCGUGUUCAUAAUAAAACGAAGUUGGCAUAAGUAGGUAGGCGUAUGUUUUUUUUCUGAAGCACUGAGAACACCUUUAAGACCAUAAGAAUAAAAUAUAUUUUGUUACUAGCCUGUGAUGGACAAAUAAACUAUUUGAAUAUUUCCUCAUUUUAACGCCAAAUAGGAAGAUAGGCUAAUAAUUGUUAGUUUUGUCGAUUUAUAUUGCCGUCUGUUUUCUAAUUUGAGUCUGUCUGUUGUCAAGCUAAUUAAACUAUUUUUUGUA